CUGGAGGGCGCUGUGGAAAGGAGCACUCGCAGACCCGUAGAACAGAGGCGAAACUACAAGAGCUGGAGGUGAGGAGGUUGUUGACUUGGGAAAGUCAAGCGUUAGACCACCAUCACCUCUGUUGUAGCAGCCUAUUGACGUUUUAGAGGGUUUGUAUACAGUAAGUGGAAAACAGAUCACCGUCGCCGAAGAAAUUCACACCUCACGAGUCGGCCACGGGAAAAGGAAGUGAUUUCAGGAGCCUGUUCCAUUUCUGACAGUCGAGAUGAAAGACCAACCAGCGCUUCUCCCGCCUGCAAGGGAACCCUGAGCUUGGCGCUCGCUGUAGGGUCAAGUCUGAGGUUCGAGGUGUGAUCGGGGAAGAGCGACGCCGGAGGGGGGUUCGCUGACGACUGCCGACGUCUGCGUGCUUCACACCCCGACACACCCGCCCCGCCCCGCCCCCCCCGCCCACUCCCGAACCCUGCUGCACUCCAACAGCUGAACACACUCUGCUGGAAACACCCAGAGGAGACGGCCUGAUGGAUUUCUGGUCCAUCAGUGUACAGUGGAGCUGGAGGUUGCUGGGUGUCUGCGUGGUGCAGAGUUUCUGAUAACAGGGAGAGGAAGCUUACACACACACACACUCACACACAGACACGCACACACACACACGCACACAUUCACGCACACACCGACACACACACACACAGUCACACACACACACACACACACACACACAGUCACGCACGCACACACACGCACACACACACUCACACACUCGCACACACUCUGGAGUCCGGCUCUCAGCUGGAGGAUGACGGUGUUUUGGGGGUACGUCUGGAGGACCUCGCUGCUGCUGGCGGGACUGGGAUUGCUGCGCCCCAUGACCGAGGCCAACGUGCUGGACACCAUGCUGCGGAGGAGCCCUGGGAAGAUGGCGAUGGGCGGGCGGGGGGGGGAGGAGAGCAGAAGCCCCGCCCCCGAGGCGAGGCCACGCUGGCUCUGGUGCCACUGCUACCACCACUGCCCCGUAGACUCCAUCAACAACACCUGCAGGACGGAUGGAUAUUGCUUCACCAUGGUGGAGGAGGAAGAGGGCGGGGUCCCCAUGCUAACGUCCGGCUGCCUGGGGCUGGUUGGCUUUGAGUUCCAGUGCAGGAACACGGGAAACUCACGCCAGAGGAGGACGCUGGAGUGCUGCACGGACCAGGACUUCUGCAACCGCGACCUGCACCCUACCCUGCCCCCGCUAAAGACCAGUUAUGUGGACAGCAGUAUCCAUCACGUGGCUCUGUUUGUCUCUGCCUCUGUGUGCAGUGUGGUCCUCACCCUCAUCAUCGUCUUCUGUUACUUCAGAUACAAACGGCAGGAGUCGCGACCCCACUACAGCAUUGGGCUGGAGCACGAGGAGACAUACAUCCCCUCCGGGGAAUCUUUGAAGGACCUGAUCGAGCAGUCACAGAGCUCUGGCAGUGGCUCGGGGCUCCCCCUGCUGGUGCAGCGCACCAUCGCCAAGCAGAUCCAGAUGGUGAAGCAGAUCGGGAAGGGGCGGUACGGCGAGGUGUGGAUGGGGAAGUGGCGCGGGGAGAGGGUCGCCGUCAAGGUGUUCUUCACCACCGAGGAGGCCAGCUGGUUCAGAGAGACGGAGAUCUACCAGACCGUGCUGAUGAGGCACGAGAACAUCCUGGGCUUCAUAGCGGCGGACAUCAAAGGCACGGGCUCCUGGACGCAGCUCUACCUGAUCACCGACUACCACGAGAGCGGCUCGCUGUACGACUACCUCAAGUCCACCACGCUGGACACCAAGGCCAUGCUGCGGCUGGCCUACUCGUCCGUGUCCGGCCUGUGCCACCUGCACACGGAGAUCUUCGGCACGCAGGGCAAGCCCGCCAUCGCCCACCGCGACCUCAAGAGCAAGAACAUCCUGGUGAAGAAGAACGGCACCUGCUGCAUCGCAGACCUGGGGCUGGCCGUCAAGUUCAUCAGCGACACGAACGAGGUGGACAUCCCGCCGAACACGCGCGUGGGGACCAAGCGCUACAUGCCCCCCGAGGUCCUGGACGAGAGCCUGAACCGCAGCCACUUCCAGUCCUACAUCAUGGCCGACAUGUACAGCUUCGGCCUCAUCCUGUGGGAGAUGGCCCGCCGAUGCGUCUCGGGAGGUAUCGUGGAGGAGUACCAGCUGCCGUACCACGACCUGGUGCCCACGGACCCGUCCUACGAGGACAUGAGGGAGGUGGUGUGCAUCAAGAGGCUGCGGCCAUCUUUCCCCAACCGCUGGACCAGCGACGAGUGCCUGAGGCUGAUGGGGAAGCUGAUGUCAGAGUGCUGGGCGCACAGCCCCGCCUCCCGCCUGACCGCGCUGCGGGUGAAGAAGACGCUGGCCAAGAUGUCCGAGUCCCAGGACAUCAAGCUGUGAGGAAGGGGGAGGAGUCAGCGCCAGCAGCGGCUGACACGCACACGCACGGGUCACCUCACAGGCCCUGCCCCCGGCAGGAGGGGGGCAGGAGGGGGGGCCGGAGAGCGCCCUGUUGGGCCGUUGCAAUAGGUCCAGGAGGGAGGGGGAGAGGGAGGGGCCUCAUUGUUGCCUUGGGAACAUAUCGGGAAAUACCCAGAUCAAUGGUAACGCCUCACCUGUUCCCACAGCAGGAUCUCUGUUACGCAGCUGCAGAUGGACGCACAGCAGACAGGGGGCGCUAUUGCUUUGCUUUCUGUGAAAGCUUCAGGGUCCGGAGGAGGAGGUUGGCAGGCAGGGAGUGGGGGGCGGGUCUCGAUAGCGCCCCCCACAGUACUACCCCCCCUUCCUCCUGGAACGUCACAGCAGGAGUGAAUAUUUCCUGACGAUCCAAAACCGUAACACAGGAUAACUUAUUUCUUUUUUUUUUUUUUUUCUUUUUUUGCCAUUCGUUCUUUAGCUCCUUUGACCCUGGAUUUUUAACGGUUGCCUAGGAGACGGAGCAAGGUGUGCUUCCACCUCUCGUCCGUGCACAGGCAGCACAUCUCCUGAGACUCGGAAAAUUGUUUCUGUCCCCUGUAGGGGACACGAGUUCCCUGGUCUCAAGAACCAUACGCUCUGCUGUGCUGAAGCCAACAACACUCCAAGGGAUAUUCAAUACACAUAAAAUAAUAUUUUUGAAAUUAUUUUCACUCCAGCAUGUUUUUGUCUUCCGAGACACUUGCAUUGUGUCAAAAACAUUUUUAAUUCUUGAACUUUUCUGUUCCUCCGGGCUCUGGAGGGUAUCGGCUCAGUGUAAUGUAGCCUGUGACUCUGUGCUGAGACUGUGCCCAGUCUGCGCUGUACCAUGCUCAUAAUUUACACGGCCGUCAAACUUGGAACACAUGCUGCCUACGUACUGUCACGCUACAUUUUCCUGAGUGAAGUUAUCGUACGCUGCAGUGUUAUGAUAAAUUUUAGCAUUGAAGAAAACAAAUCUGUGUAAAAAUAAUGCACUAAAGCGGUUGAAUGCCUGACAGUUGUUUCUGUUGUUUUUUAAAAUGGAGGAGCAGGCAGGCUAACUGUCUCAUUUCCCAGCUUAAAGCUAAUCCACAUUGCUACUGUUGUGCUUGAUCUUCAGGGCUGCGUCAUUAACUAUGUCUGUUACAAGAGUGUAUUCAAAUCCUGAUGUUAAUUCAUCGGUUUGGUUCUAUCCUAUUGUGUAAGCUCAGUAGAAGGAGUCUAUUCUGUUUGAUUUUUGUUUAACCCUUUAAGGUGUGAGAUCAAAAAUAUGCGAUUAGAAUGUUCUUAACUGAACCUUCUAGUGCUGGUGUAACAAUCGCUACUGGUAACUGAAGGCAGUGGAGUUCUAGAACACUGACGUAGAAUUUAAAGAUAAAAACUUUGAUCUUCAGAGGGUUUUGCACUACAUGCCCUUUGAUCUCGUUCUCGUAGACCUCGUCCGUCGCUUGAUUCGUGCAUCUUAUUCAGUGCUCUGGUUGCAGUUGAUUGCAAAUAUAAAGAAACACGAUUCCUUAUUUGUCAAAUAAAUAAUACAGAUAAAUUAUAUUGGUAAUUAAGGACUUGAAAUGGAAAAAGUGUUUUUUUUUUCUCUCUGUUGAUAAAUUAUGUAGAGAAUAAAUAGCUCCCUGCUCUUCGGUCAGGGGCUGUGUUUAAUUUAACCUGUACAAAGCUAUAAAUGAGAGUGAAUUAAUAUGCUAUAAAUAAUAUUUCAGAUUUAACACUCCCCUAAUAAAGUGAUUUGUCUCCUG